CGCCUACGUUAUGGCGGCAGAGCAGAAAAAUGAGGUACACAGCCCGUUGCGGUGGAAGGGCUGCGAUGUGGACGGAUCGCGGUUUUGUUGUUAUUUUGCGUAUUGAGACGAGUGUCGGCGCGUUUUCUCGCGGCGGACCGUAUGCGAUGCGUGCCAGGUGCGACGAGACGAGCGUAUAGAGCUCCCUACGUAAUUCCUACGCCAAUACGGAACGGGUCGCCCGUGUCGUGUCAUUGACUCAGGACGAAGUGUCAAAAUUUAUCCGAGCCCGUUUUUUCCCCUGCCCUCCCCGCGGUGCUUGAAAAGGAGAGAGAGAGAGAGAGACCGAGAGAUAUUAAAAUCUCUUCCACGAAUAAAAUCUUGCCAAUCGACAAUCUCUGUACGGCUGGUACGUCGUCCCGUGAUACGAGAAGACGCGACUUGUAUGUACAUACGUACGAGCGUUAGCAGAAGUAAGAACAUGUAUACAUGACAACGUCAGCGUGCUUUGUUUUCUUCCUCUUACAGUGUCGCUAAAUCUCGUAUAGAGCGAGUCGAUGAGUUAUUACGCUUGUUGAUAAACGGAAAGACUCUGAAGACUCGCGACGGCUUAGUGCGACGUGCAUCAUUCGUUAUCGCUUUGUUAGUGCUUUUUUUAAAACUUUUUUUUUUAAACUUGAACGAUUUCUUCAAUACGCGUGCGAGUUCUUAAACAUCGUGAAAAAAAAUCUAUUAUCUGCGGUGUUCAAUCUUACCUUUGCGCGAAAUGUCAUUGGACGUAUCGUUAAUGUACUCUGCAACUUGAUCCUAAAUAAUGCUGACUAUUCACAGGACACAAAUGAAUACGUAAUCUGUGUUGAAAUAUUAUUAAGAAUUCGUCAUUUACCUAAGAUGCAUUUAAUCAAAUUCAUUCAUCAGUGAUUAUAUAUUUGGCAAAGUUGGAGAGUGAUGCCGAUUCAUCAGAUUAAUGUUAAUCCGCCUGACUGGCAACCACCCUUGUCAAUUAGCCCUUCUAAUAAUACAAGUCCUGCUGGUGGAGAAAGUUUACCAGAAUGGACACCACGGGAAUCGAGUUAUGCCACAGUAGUUACUAUUAUACCGGAUCAUUGUCAUUCGUCUGUGAGCACAUUAUCUUCGACCAACCAUGAUAUUUGCAGAAUCUGCCAUUGUGAAGGUGAAGAAGGUGCUCCUUUAUUAGCGCCUUGCUAUUGCAGUGGCAGUUUGCGUUAUGUGCAUCAAGCUUGUCUUCAACAAUGGAUAAAGGCUUCGGAUACACGCGCCUGUGAAUUAUGCAAGUUUACAUUUAUUAUGCAUGCCAAGACAAAACCAUUUUGCGAAUGGGAAAAACUCGAAAUGUCUGCACUAGAAGUGCGAAAAUUAUGGUGCGCGGUUGCUUUUCACGCCGUAGCCGCACUUUGCGUAGCAUGGUCGUUGUAUGUACUUGUUGAACGAUCUGUAGAGGAAGCCCGUCGUGGAUUUGUCGAUUGGUCUUUCUGGACUAAAUUAAUAGUCGUCGUAAUCGGUUCUACUGGUGGUUUAGUCUUUAUGUAUAUUCAAUGCAAAGCGUACAUUACAUUAUGCAGAAAGUGGCGAGCGUUUAAUAGAGUGAUAUUUAUUCAAAACGCUCCCGAAAAAGUGGUGCUUCCUCCGUCACCUACAGACUCUUUGAGAGAAGUUACCUUGCCCCUGAAAGACCCAACUGCCUCGAUGGCUGAGAUCAACCGCACUCUGUUACCCCGUACCAUAGAUCCUGCAUGUGCCUCGCAGAUGUCGAAGACCGAUUCUGCCGCACCACAGAGGCACGACGCUCAAUUGAAACUUUAUGUAUUCGACAAAUUGUCCUCAUCCGAGGACAAUCUAUAAUCUAAUCUCGAAGAUUGAAAGCAUCGUACGUAAAAUCGCGCAUUAAAAGGUGAUUAGCCAAAUUUUCAGUUUGAAACAGAAAGAAAGAAAAAAAUGCGCGGUCUCGGACGCAACUGGAUAAUUUUAGACCAUACGAUUUCGGAACGGAAUUAUUCUCGUCGAAAUCGUCGAAUAUCCGCCCUUGUGCAGCACUUUUCCUUUCUCAAAACUUAGUACUUCAGUGCUUACAGUGUUGACAGUGGGAUAGAGAUGAAAGUGAACAGUUCUUGGAUGCUGAUGCUUUCUUACAUAUUGUACAUAAUUAUUGUAUCUGUGAUGUUAUUAAAUAAACUUUACCAUAUUUAAACAAUA